AGAUGGCGUCAUCAGUGUGCGCUGCCUGCCCUGCAUCACCCUUCCGCGUCUCGUUAGCGUUGGGUCUCCCCGGCCGCCCCGCCCCGCCCCCACCGUGGCGCCCCGACGCUGAGAGCGAUGAGCGCCUGGGCCGGCCUGCGGCACGCGGGCAGCACCUGCCCCUUGUCUCGCCUCGUCUCCUUGGCCAAGCCCGCAGGAGGAUACCGCCACCUCUGUUGCCUAAAGCCCCCCGCCGCGAGCCGUCCCACGACGGGAAGCGUCCGUAUCUCUAGGAACGGCCCGGAGAAAAGCCAGGGGCAGGUGUGGCAGGUUGAGAAGGCGCCCGAUAGUGGUGGAGGACCCCAUGUCCUGCCCCCUCCACGCCGGCUCGGUGAGGGCGUGCUGCGUGCAGUCGUUCCUCCAGGCCCUCGCGCCAGUCGCCCGCGUGCCGGGGAUGUUCGGGCCGCCUGCUUCGUCCACACGUCGUCGUCCUUGCGAGCCGCUCCGAUUCCAGCCUUGUGGAUCCUCCUGAAACCCGCUCAGAAACUAUUUGCUAUCAUUCUGGGCAGGAGCAUAAGAAAAUGGUGGAAGGCCCUUCCCCCCAACAAAAAAGAACUCUUUAAAGAAAGUGUAAGAAAAAAUAAAUGGAGACUCCUUCUAGGUGCCUGUAGCUUGGGAGCUUUAUACAUCAUGUUUUAUUUUACUCACCUGGAAGAGACUCCAAUCACUGGUCGUACUAGACUACUAGUGUUUGGGAAAGAACAGUUUCAGCAGUUGUCACAGCUGGAAUAUAAUAUGUGGAUGGAAAAGUUUGAAAAUGAAAUGUUACCUGAGACAGACACUCGCUAUCAAGUUGUGAAAAAAGUAGUUCAUCAUCUCUCUGAAAGCAACCAGGACAUCCCACAGUUCUCAGAGUUUAAGUGGGUUAUCCAUGUAGUGGAGGAACCAGGCAUAAAUGCUUUUGUGCUUCCAAAUGGAGAAGUGUUUGUUUUCACGGGGUUACUAAAUGCAGUGUCAGAUGUUCAUCAGCUCUCUUUCAUUUUGGGACAUGAGAUAGCUCACGCUGUGUUGGGACAUGCGGCAGAAAAGGCCAGUCUGGUACAUUUCGUGGAUUUCCUGUCACUCAUCUUUCUCACUAUGAUUUGGGCCAUUUGUCCUAGAGAUAGCUUGGCAAUUCUUGGCCAGUGGAUCCAGAGCAAGAUGCAGGAGUUUAUAUUUGAUAGACCCUACAGCAGAACACUGGAAGCUGAAGCUGACAAAGUGGGACUUCAGCUGGCUGCAAAGGCUUGUGUGGAUGUAAGAGCAAGCAGUGUAUUUUGGCAGCAGAUGGAAUUAGCAGAAACCAUUCAAGGACAGCCUAAAUUACCAGAAUGGCUCUCCACGCACCCUUCUCAUGAAAACAGAGCUGAACAUUUAGACCGGCUUAUUCCAGAGGCUCUUCAACUAAGAGAGAGCUGCAAAUGCCCCUCUCUUUCUGGACCAGAUCCUCGCCUCAUUUUUAGACUUAACAUGCAGCAUCUUCUGAAAGCAUCUAAAGAUCGAGAAAGCCAAAAUGCUACCGAGCAAGGUCUAACAAAGGUGAAAGUGGAGUUUCCUCCCACUCAAAAGAUGGAAAAUAUUCCAGUAGCUUUUGCAGUUAAACCCACAGAUUGAAAGGAAAACUAUUCAUCUGAGAAACUUGUAAAAUUUGCUAUCCCACCUUUUCCUGCAGGACUUUGGGAUAAUAAAAUAGUCAGGACAGCUACAAAUCAAAUUUGUGCCUAUGUGGUGCCAAAAAUCCUAUGAGGCAAAUUGUCUCUGAGCCACAAACAAGACCGGCUGGCCAGUAUUCUUUGUGUCCAACCUUCUGGGGCUCUCCUGCUCUGUGCAGUGAGAAACUCUGGCCACACAGGGAGAGCUGUGUAUUGGAGUAGUGAGACUUCUAUUCAUCAUGGGAUGCUAAAAAUAAAUAAUUUCACUGGGGAAAAAUAAUCUCCGUACAAUUGAGUCGCGCAGUAUAAUUUUCAGCUUUGUCAGGCUCACCUUGAUCAAAGGACAGAUAAACCAGAAGCCUCUCUAAAGCAGAAUAAAUAGUACAGUCUUCAUCACUUAAGUUGCCUGUUUUAGCUUGCUGUAAUUUGGGUUAGAUCCUCCUGGCUUCAUUUAAAAAAUAAUGAGAACUCACUGCCUGUUCCAUGUAUAAAAUGUUUUUAAAAAUACUAAGCUGAGAAGCAAUAAAAUGGCCAGUGGGCUGGACACAGCCACCUAAUUGGAUGGUUUUCUGCAGGAUGUCUCCUUUUUGAGUGCAUUUUAGAAUAUGAGUUGAUUCAGCAUUUCUCGUUAAAGCAAACUUGUGCAGACUUGUCUUUAAAAGUGAAAUCAGGAAGUAUAUGAAGGAAUCUUAAAAAAUCUGUGGUUAAAAACUUGUGGACUUGUGGGACUGGGAUAGUUUUUACAACCACACUGUGCAACCACAGUGCCUUUUUAAAACAUCGAGAUGCCUCUCCAGAAGUCAGAUUUGCUUCUGUGUCUGCUGGUUUGGACAUACCAGUACCUGGCUGUUGUACAAUGCAUUACCACUUCAUAAUGCAUUAGGUAGUCAGUGGAUACAAGAAGACUACUAGGCCAUAGAGCUGCAGAUGCUGCACCUAAUGGUAACAGGUGAUUUUUUUUUUUGGUUUAGGAAGCUAUUGCUAUAGAAAUUAAAUAUAGAAAUGAAUAGCCUUCUAAGUCUGUCCCUUUCAUGGGGGUGAUGAGGAUCAUAAUGAUUCCCACUGUGGGGCCUUAGUUGGAGUCCAUCAGGUAGAGAAGGAAUUGUAAGGAGAUAUUUUCAAAAUGGAGCUUGGAAAGAUGCGUGAAGCUAUGCCCUUUUCCCAUUGCUUGGUCUGCUUUUCUGAUUGAAGGGUUUAGUGUGACCACUCCAUUGGCACAACUGGUUGGUGAUUCCUAGUGCUAAGUUUGACUGAGGAGCUGCUUAAUGGAGCUUAUCUGGGAAAAAUACAGAAAAUUUUCCUUGUGGACUGUUAGGGAGGGAGCUGUCUGCCUUUUCUUUUUUUUCCAAAACACCUGGAUGCAGUUCCUUAAAAAGGUCUGGAAUCAGGUGGAGUAGGCAGCAAAGCAUUAGGGCUGUGCAAAGCUUCAGUAGCUGAUUAGAUUCGGAGGAGAUUCAGCCCGAUUCGAGGACCAAAUCUCUGAAUCUGAAUCGAAUCGGGAGACCAAGUAAAAGCUCAAAAU